AUGUAUGCGAUGUUUACUAGUGGAGAGGGUGCUCAGUACUUGCGUGUUCCGCCCGACCCGGGCAUUCAGACCAGUCCGGCUGCCGCUCUAGGUGCUAGUGAGUCUGCUGCCCCAGGUCCUGGUGAGGCUGCUGCUCUAGGUGCUAGUGAGUCCGUGCCCGCUGGUACUAAGUCGACUGCAGCACUGCACACCUUCACACUGGACUCAAGUGCUUCUCGCUGUUUCUUUCGUGACCGCACUGUCCUUGAGCCACUCGCUCGGCCAGUUGCUGUCUCCCUCGCUGACCCCUCUGGGGGUCCGGUCGUUGCGACCUCCUCCACUGUCCUUCCUUAUCCUGCGGUCCCGUCAGGCACACUGUCAGGUCUCUACCUCCCCUCGUUCUCUACGAACUUGGUGGCAGGUCGUGCGCUCCAGGACGGGGGUGUUCACCAGUUCACCCCUGCUUACGAGCGCGUGACACACUGCACGUGUGCUCGGACGGGCCGUCAUCUGGCUACCUUCACUCGGCAGCCGGGGUCGGACCUGUACACACUGACCACUGCGUCCCCUCAGGUAGCUGCGUCCGCGUCUGCGUCUGCGUCAGGUCAGCUGUCCGCCCCCUGCUCGUGUCGCUCUCUGGCGCAUGAGACUGUCCUCUGGCACCACCGCCUUGGUCACCCGUCUGUGCAGCGCCUUCGGGCCAUGCACAAACGGGACCUUGUUGCUGGUCUUCCCAGGGUUCUCCCUCCCCUCCCACCCUCGCCUGCUCCUCCCUGUCUUCCCUGUGUCGAGGGGCGGCAGCGCGCCGCUCCUCACUCCUCCUCCUUCCCCCCGACGACUGCUCCCUUACAGACGCUCCACAUGGACGUGUGGGGCCCAGCCCGCGUCCGUGGUCAGGGUCAGGAGAGGUACUUCCUGAUUGUUGUUGACGACUUCUCGCGCUACACCACGGUCUUCCCCUUGCGCACCAAGGGUGACGUCCCUGAUGUCUUGAUCCCUUGGAUCCGCAGAUCUCGUCUCCAGCUCAGUGAGCGUUUCCGCUCCGACUUCCCUGUCCUGCGUCUGCACUCUGACAGAGGUGGGGAGUUUUCCUCUGGCCUCUUGGAGGCCUUCUGUCAGCAGGAGGGCAUUGAGCAGUCGUUCACGCUUCCGGCCUCUCCACAGCAGAAUGGGGUUGCUGAGCGCCGCAUUGGCUUGGUCAUGGAGGUCGCUCGUACCUCCUUGGUUCAUGCGGCUGCCCCCCACUUUCUGUGGCCGUUUGCAGUCCGAUACACUGCGCAUCAGCUCAACCUCUGGCCCCGUGUCUCCUUACCGGAGACUUCUCCGACACUGCGUUGGACGGGAGAGGCUGGCGAUGCGUCGCGUUUUCGGGUCUGGGGAUCUCGAGCUUUUGUUCGCGAUACGUCCGCGGACAAGCUCUCCCGUCGAGCUGUCCCCUGUGUCUUCCUUGGCUUUGUCCCGGACGCGCCUGGUGCUGAGGUACCAGACCCCCUCCCCCCUCAGGGUGCCGCUCCCUCAGGUGUGUCUCAGGUAGACCCGGUUGAGCCUGUCGAGGUAGCUGUUGACUCUCGUCCUGCUGGGGGUGCUGAGCCUGACCGUGAGGAGUCUGGGGGUGCUGAGCCUGGGGGUGCGGAGCCUGGGGGUGCGGAGUCUGGAGGUGCUGAGCCUGGAGGUGCUGCGUCUGGGGGUGCUGCGUCUGGGGGUGCUGAGCCUGGGGGUGCUGAGCCUGACCGUGCUGAGUCUGGGGGUGCUGAGCCUGGGGGUGCGGAGCCUGGAGGUGCGGAGUCUGGAGGUGCUGAGCCUGGGGGUGCUGCGUCUGGGGGUGCUGUGUCUGGAGGUGCUGAGCCUGAGCGUGCUACACCUGGAGGAGCCCUCUCCUUCCAGCAUCUGCAGGAGAGGUACCUACAGUACUGCCGCCUCCGGAGAGGUGCUGCUGGAGCUCGUACCAGUACUUCCCCUCCUACCCAGGAGCUCCCCCCCAUUCAGCAGAUCCGAGAGUGGUACGCGCGGCGCUGCAGUCUUCGGAGUGGUGCUCCUGGUGCUGCAGACCCUGGGGGUGGCGCUGCUACUGGUACUGAGGACCUGCGCGGUGGCGCUACUGCUGCUGUUGAGGACCCGGGCGUUGGAGCUGCUGCUAGUGCUGAGGACCUGGGCGGUGGCGCUGCUGCUGGUGCUGAGGACCCGGACGUUGGAGCUACUGCUGGUGCUGAGGACCCUGCUGCUGGUGUCUCUGCUGGUUCUGGAGACGCUGCGCGGCCGCGACCGUACUUCGUACCGCUCCUUCAGCAGGUUCUUGGUCAGGCUCCUUCUCCUUGUCCUCCUCCCUCCGUAGAGUGUCCUCCGCCUGUCCAGCCGCAGUCACAGUUACCACCUGCCUCGCCUCUCCCUGCUCCCUCUCCUUACACUGGUCCCACGGGAGGUCUUACAGAGCGUCGUGAGCCUGAGUCUCGUCCUGCGUCGCCUGUUCGUACUGCUCGCACUGGUCGUCAUGUCCCACGUGAGCGUCCUCCUCCUGUCCCUGGCACUCACUACAUGACUCUGCGUCCCUCCACUGCUCCUCAGCGUGUCCCGCUACCGUCUCCUCCUGCUUCCUCUCUUGCUGCUCUUCCUGACCUGGAGUCUGACUCCCGUCGUGCUGCCAGUCCCACUGUCACGCGUCUCCUCGCUACUGUUGUCACUGACCCUACCUUUGAGUCCUCUGCUGCGUCUGCGCUGGUCGCUGAGUUGGUUGACUUUGCUGCCCGGUGUCGUCUAGACUACGCUGCUAGCCUUGUCGCUGAGUCUGAGUCUGAGUCUGUCUGUCCUCCGUCCGUCGGGGGUGAGUGUGCUCUUGGCACGGACGUCCUUGAGGACAGACAGGAGGAGUUCCAGUGCCUUGCUGCUGUUUUGCCCCGUCUCGUGUCCUUACUAGUUGCCCCUGAGGGAGACCCGGAUGCUCCUGACAUCCCGACCCCGCGCUCUUACGCUGAGGCGAUGGCGGGUCCCUACUCCUCUCAGUGGCAGACAGCCAUGGACGCAGAGAUGGCUUCCUGGAAGUCCACAGGCACCUACGUCGACGAGGUUCCCCCUCCUGGGGCGAACAUCGUCAGUGGCAUGUGGAUUUUCAGGGUGAAGCGGCCGCCAGGUUCUCCUCCUGUCUUCAAGGCGCGCUACGUUGCUCGAGGCUUCAGCCAGCGAGAGGGAGUAGACUUCUUCCAGACCUUCUCCCCCACCCCGAAGAUGACCACCCUUCGGGUGCUGCUGCACAUAGCCGCUCAGCGCGACUACGAGCUUCACUCACUUGACUUCAGCACUGCUUUCUUACAGGGCAGCCUGCACGAGGAGAUCUGGCUGCGUCGCCCUCCUGGUUUCACUGGGUCGGUUCCUCCUGGUACCCAGUGGAGGCUCCAGCGGCCGGUCUACGGUCUCCGCCAGGCACCACGUGAGUGGCACGACACACUGAGGACGACACUUGCGGCUCUAGGGUUCGCUCCCUCUACUGCUGACCCGUCACUGUUUCUACGCACAGACACCUCGCUGCCGCCGUUCUACAUCCUCGUGUACGUCGACGACCUGGUCUUUGCCACUGUUGACACCGCGGCACUCGCCCACUCCACUCCUCUGCCUACCGGUCACUCGCUCUCAGCUCUGCCUUCGGAUGAGUCCGUAGAGCCGAGUGGCCCGUAUCCAGAGCUUGUGGGCUGCCUCAUGUACCUGAUGACCUGCACUCGACCUGACCUUGCAUACCCUCUUAGCAUCCUUGCACGCUAUGUCGCUCCUGGCCGUCACAGGAAGGAGCACAUGGAUGCCGCUAAGAGGGUGUUGCGCUACUUGUGCAGUACGUCGGGCAUGGGGCUAGUGCUUGGAGGGCGAGACCGAGUUGUACUUACUGGACACUCAGACGCUUCUUGGGCGGACGACCAGGCUACUCAGCGGUCGUCUCAGGGUUACACCUUCAGCCUUGGCUCCGGCUCAGUUUCUUGGCGUUCUACACGCUCUUCUUCUGUUCUCAGCUCCAGUUGUGAGGCUGAGAUCUACGCCACAGCCAUGGCUGCCCAGGAGCUACGCUGGCUGACCUACCUGCUGACCGACUUGGGUGAGCGGCCUCGUUCUCCUCCAGUGCUGUACGUCGACAACCAGGCUGCCAUUGCCUUGUGUGAGGAGCACAGACUGGAGCACAGAACGAAGCACAUCGCCCUGCGGUACUUCCUUGCUCGAAAGCUGCAGCAACGCAGUCAGCUUUGUCUGCGUUACGUGGCCACUGAGGCCAACCUUGCUGAUGUGUUCACCAAGGCGCUUCCGCCUUGUGACCAUCAGCGCUUCUGCACUCUGCUAGGCCUUGUGCCUACUGGACCUCAUUUGCUUACUUCUUGA